AUGGAGACCUUCCCCCUCUUUUCAAAGUUGCCCAAAGAGCUAAGGCUCGCGAUUUGGUGGCAAGCUGCGUAUCCUAUUGAGAUAUUCCUCAGGGCGGUGCCAAAAGAUCCUGCUGAGAUCCUAAGACUGGAGAGGCUGCGUCUGAAAUAUAUUGUCAAUUGGUCAAUCACCCCCGAGCCGGAGUAUGAAGGCUAUGAAUUUGAUUAUGACCAAUAUGUAGACGAUAGGUUCCGAGUCGAGGAAGAGAGCACUCUUGACUACCGCCCCGUCAUCAGCCAACCACUCCUAGCCUGCCGCGAAUCAUUUACAUUAAUACCAAGAGUUGGUAAAUGGACCAGCCUUAAACAUGGCCUUCCUGCAUGGUUUAGUUCCAAGCUGGAUGUGCUCCGUGGCGAAGCCGGCAUUGUACAGCAGCUUUUGCGCUACCCUGUUCGUCAGACUAUGCAGAACCUAGUUGUCUCUGUGGAAGAUGCCCUGGGGUUCUUCUUUGGACGGGAUGAGGCUGAAUGCAAGCUGUUUCCAGUCAUCACAAACUAUUUCCCAUCCCUCCGAUCAGUUAUUAUUGAGUCAGAAGAUGCGAGACAGCUCAAGCCAGGGCACAGACCAAAGUACUGGCUAGACUAUUAUGUGAGACAUCUGGUACACUACUAUUGGCCUGAAGACGAUAAUAGGGCGUUCGUUAUUGAUGUUCAAUGCAUCAACUACGCUCAUCCCAAGGAGGAAUGGAUUACGCGGGCAAAUUGUCUGCGUGUGUGGCACAACUGGCAGAAGAAGCAAAAUUACUUUUGGAAGCUUUAUCGUGAGGCUACUGAUAAUGUUUUGGAAGACAGCGAGCAUGACCCGAGAAAUGUACAUGAUGUAAUCCUUGAGUCAGACGAUGAGCUAGAUGAUCCGGGAGUGUGGCUUCAGAAGCGACGGCCCUUUUUCAACUUUGAUGGCUGAUCGACACACACCCCCUUUAAGGAUUCAUCUCGUACAAAAAAGCCAUUUUCAUGAGUUCUGUUGGCUUUGUAAUCUGUGGUGUAGUGUUGUUAUGGCCUGCUCCUAGUGUUGAUGCUUACAGAGAGGCUGACAAUAGGCAUAUUUGUAAAUGGGAGGAGUGCUGGCAGCUAUAGACGUAGUUUAGUAGCACUAGUAAGAGUGAGAGUUGAAGUUAAUGUAGAAGUAAUUGUAUUG